AUGUCGGACGAAGAAACCUCAAAUAGUGAGGUGGAAGAUGGUAGGUCUGAAGUGGCGACUAUCGUGGGCAGCUUGGUGGAAACGGAAUCGAAGGAUCGAGGGACGCAUGAUGAUGAGGAAGUUUCGGAAAUUCAUGUUGGUUCAAGCGUCUCAGUUUUGCUAAUUUCCACAGACCAUUCAAAUGACUCGGAUGACCCAACUGCAUCAUUGCCUCAGGAGACAGUGGAUAAGUUGGUUGGUAUCACGAGUGAUUUGAACUUGCUCAUUUUCCUACUGCACGUCAGCGUCAACGUAACGGACGCAAUCUUCACGCAUAUCGAAACGAGUGUAAUAGGAUUACUCACUUCGUUGAGUCAAUUACCUGAAGAAGUUCAAGAAUUUUUUGAUACGUGUUCGGAAGAGAUUCAUAAUUUAUCGACGGAAUCAAGGAUUGUGACAUUGAAGACCUGGCAGAUAAGAAGUUGUGUCAUUCUGAGUAUUCAUAACAGUAGGGUCAUGCCGGAACCUCCGCUCCCAAAACAGUAUAUAAAAGAGUGCAAGUUGGUCGAUGAUCAAUUAAGGUCGAUGCCUAUACGUUCGACAUGA